GCGAGCUUUCGUCUUUUAGCUUGGCUUGUGUUGCGUUGUCUCUUCUUCUCUUCUUCAUUUUGCUUCUUAUACUCUUCAAACUCAGCUCUCAAUUCACCACUCUUUCAAGAUCCAACCACCAUUGCCCACUUCCUUUCAGCUUUUAUCUCGAUCAAAUUUGGUUCCUUUUUUGUAAUUUCAUUUUCUGUCGAUUUAGGGCUCAUUGUUUGACCCCUUCAUUUUUUUUUUCCCGAAAUUAGUACGAAACCCACUGCAUUUAUUCCGUUUUUAGGUCUUUGAUAUUAGAUUCAGUUUUUAACUUUUGUAAAUUUCUAUUUUGGAGGCCAGAUCAGAGGACGGGUUUUAUUUGAUUUUAAUCUUUUUUUUUUAGAUGUUUUAGGGGUUUUUUGUGGGCAGGCUGGUUCGUUGACUUUUGAUCGAAUUUUUGACCGGGAUUAGCUGGGAUUGACUGAUUUGAAUUGAAUUGAGGUUGCAUGUAGAAGAUUGUGUAGGUUUGUGAUAAAAGUUUAGUGCUUUAGCGCCGAAAUCAGUUUGCUAUUAGAAAUUUAGGGUUUUGAUUUUUGAAUUUUAUUUUGGUAAUUCAAGGGUUUUUGUAGUUUAGGGAUUUUUUUCUUUUUUUUGGGUGACUUUGCAUGUGUAAACAUUAAGGGGUCCUCUGCUCACUUGUAGAGGAUCCCUACUUGUAUAGCAAAAAGUAAUCGACAAACAAUUGGGAUCUUAAGUCAUUCUGCUUUGAAGAUGAGUUGGACAAAUGCAAUAGUUCGUUGAUUUUGAAUUUUAGUGGAGAAAAAUUCAAGUGGGGUUGUGUUGAAAUUGGCAUUUGGUGGAUUGGCAUUUGUAUUUGUGUGGAUAAGUAUUCAUACAAAAUUUAGAACGAAAUGUUUAGUUCUGGUCGAGGCACUGGACAUAACAAUAGUGGGGUGACGGGUUCGCCUUUGAUUCCGGUUCGGUUUGUGUGGCCGCAUGGAGGGAGAAGGGUGUUUCUCAGUGGCUCUUUUACUGGGUGGUCAGAGCAUAUGCCUAUGUCACCGUUGGAAGGAUGUCCUAAUGUGUUUCAGAUUAUUUGCAGGUUGCCGCCAGGAUACCACCAGUAUAAAUUCUUUGUUGAUGACGAAUGGCAUCAUGUUGAGGAGCAGCACUAUGUAAGUGGGACUUAUGGGGUAGUGAAUACCGUCCUCGUACCUGUGGAACCAAAUGUAGUGGUUUCUACUGCCUCACUCCCUGAGAUACCUGGUAACAUGGAGGUAGACGAUGUUAUUAUGCGUCCGGAAGCUGUUACACAAAUCUCAGAGGCUGAUUUAAGGGUCUCUCGUCAGCGUAUAUCUGUAUUUUUGUCUACACAUACCGCAUAUGAGUUGCUUCCCGAGUCAGGCAAGGUUAUUGCCUUGGAUGUUAAUCUACCUGUGAAACAAGCAUUUCAUAUUCUCUAUGAACAGGGAGUCCCUGUGGCUCCUCUCUGGGAUUUCUGCAGGGGCCAAUUUGUUGGAGUUCUUACUGCAUUGGACUUCAUCCUGAUUUUAAGAGAGUUGGGGACUCAUGGAUCUAAUUUAACGGAGGAAGAAUUAGAGACACAUACCAUAGCAGCUUGGAAAGAAGUGAAAGCUCAUCUUAAUCGACAAAUUGAAGGCAAUGGUUUUACACAUCCUAAACCUUUUGUCCAUGCUGGUCCAUAUGAUUCUAUGAAAGAUGUUGCUUUGAAAAUUUUGCAAAACAAGGUGGCUACAGUUCCCAUUAUUAAUUCAACAUCACCGGAUGGUUCAUUUCCACAGCUACUACAUAUUGCCUCCCUGUCUGGAAUACUAAAAUGUAUAUGUCGGCAUUUUAAACAUUCUUCUAGCUCAUUGCCCAUUCUUCAACAACCGAUAUCUUCAAUUCGUUUGGGUACAUGGGUCCCACAAAUUGGGCAAGCAAAUGGUCGGCCAUUUGCAAUGUUGAGACCAAAUGCUUCACUCGGUGCUGCCCUAUCUUUGUUAGUUCAAGGUAUUGUUCUCUUCUUCUGA